CCUCGCGCCUUUCCGAAGGAUCUUACUACUUUUCUGAAAUUAUUUAUCUAGAUAUUAUACAUAGACUUGAUGCCAUGAUGUCCACUAUUAAACAUUUUAUUUGUUUUUAAAGUAACUCUCACUUUUCACAACUUAUGCGUCUGGUCACCUAGGAUUUUAGGCAUAACCGACAUGGAUCAAGGGCUCCAGAGGAGGCAAUGGACAUCAACGUGGUCAGCUUUUCGCCUCCUUAUGUGUAUGUGCGCUCUGGACCGGGUGCUCGCACAGGUUCGGUACUCGGUUAAUGAGGAGCGUGACCACGGCGCAUUCGUCGGUAACAUUGCCGAGGACUUGCGCUUGGAUGUCACUAGGUUGUCUGCCAGGCGAUUCCGCAUAGUCUCCGGAGCUAGGAAACAGUAUUUAGAGGUCAAUUUGGAAAACGGGAUUUUGUUUGUGAACGAGAAGAUUGAUCGAGAGGAGUUGUGCGAACAGAGUCCGGUUUGUUUCCUGCACUUGCAGGUGGUCAUUGAAAGCCCGCUGGAACUGCACCGAGUAGAAGUUGAAAUCUUAGAUGUUAACGACAACGCUCCGAGUUUUCCGUGGAGCGAGUUCAAUCUAGAGAUUACCGAGUCUGCCGCGCCGGGCUCACGGUUCCCUCUCGAAAGCGCGCAAGACCUAGACGCGGGAUCCAACUCGCUCCGCUCAUACCUGCUGAGUGCUAACCAACACUUUGUGCUGGAUGUGCAGACGCGCAACGACGGAAGCAAGUUCGCAGAACUCGUGUUGGAGUCUCCCUUAGACCGGGAGAAGCAGAAAAUGCACGAAAUGGUCCUAACCGCCGUGGAUGGUGGAUCUCCGCUGCGCUCUGGCACUGCUCAAAUCUUGGUUACAGUUCUGGAUGCGAACGACAAUGUCCCUGCAUUUGACAAAUCCGUUUACCGGGUAAGCCUUGUGGAGAACGCACCGAGAGGAACACUAGUGCUCAAGCUCAACGCCACAGAUCUAGACGAAGGGUCGAACGGCGAUAUCGUAUAUUCAUUCAGCGGGCAUGCGCCCUUAAAAGUACGCGAGCUUUUUAGUGUAGAUUCUUUCUCGGGUGAAAUUCGGGUGAAGGGAAUAGUUGACUACGAAAAGGCCAGCGUCUACGAGCUCUAUGUCCAGGCUAAAGACAAGGGUCCCUCUGCUGUGGCCGUACACUGUAAAGUGCUUGUCGAUAUACUGGACGUGAACGACAACGCUCCAGAGGUCAUCCUGACCUCUGUGUCCACACCUGUUCAGGAAGACGCGCCUCCCGGGACCGUGAUAGCAGUGAUCAGUGUCAUGGAUCGUGACUCCGGGGAAAACGGAGCAGUGGACUGUCAGAUCCCCAGCCACGUACCUUUUAGGCUCCACUCGUCCUUUAAAAACUAUUACACAUUGGCGACUAGCGAAUUUCUGGACAGAGAGUCAGUAGCCGAACACAACAUCACUCUCACGGCUCGAGAUUUAGGCUCGCCAUCGCUCUCCACUGGGAAAACUAUUAAUGUUCUUGUGUCGGAUGUUAAUGACAAUCCUCCGCGCUUCCUUCAGCCAUCAUACACCGUCUAUGUUACCGAGAAUAACGCACCGGGCGCUUCCAUUUGUUCUGUGAGCGCAAUAGAUCCGGACUCUAACCAGAACGCUUAUUUAUCCUACUCUAUUCUCGAGGGUCAAAUAAGGGGCAUGCCAGUGUCCACGUAUGUUUCUAUUAACUCAGACAAUGGUAACAUUUACGCUCUUCGCUCCUUCGACUACGAGCAGCUCCGCAACUUUCAGAUCCGAGUGCAGGCGCGGGACGCCGGUUUCCCGCCGUUGAGCGGAAACGUGACUGUCAGCGUGUUUGUGUUGGACCAGAACGACAACGCACCACUAGUCGUUUCCCCUCUGCCCAAGAACGGCACGGCAGCUACAGAGACGGUGCCUAGGUCGGCGGACGCAGGCUACCUCGUAGCAAAAAUUACAGCGCUGGACGCGGACUCCGGGCAAAACUCUCGCCUCUCGUACCAAGUGCUCCACGCCACGGACCCAGGGUUAUUCAGCAUCGCUCUUUACACGGGUGAAAUUCGGACCAUCCGCCGCUUCGUAGACAAAGACGCCACAAGGCACAGACUCGUUAUAUUGGUCAAGGACAAUGGGCAACCCUCUCUUUCGUCCACCGCAUCCCUCAUUCUGACGCUAGUGGACGGCGUGCCGGAGUCUCUGUCAGACCUCGAUGAACAUGCUCUCAGCCGCCGAGUGCCUUCUAACCUCGCCCUGUAUCUGAUCGUCUCGUUGAGCGUGGUAUCACUCAUCUUCCUAGUAGCCAUCAUCGUACUGGCAGCGCUGAAGUGCUACAAAGACCGGGACUGUCCUGGAGGUUUUAGUCUUUCCUCUAUCGGUUCUACGUGCUGCACUCUCGAAUUCGAGCCGCCCGCCGAAGCAUGCAAAAAGUCCAACCUGAAUAUGCAGAUUUCCACCGGGACGAAGGUGCCCACGAAUUGUGUGGAGAACAGUACCGGGACCACGGCUCAGAACUACUGCUACAAGGUGUGCCUGACACCCGAAUCAGCUAAGAGUGACUUCAUGUUCAUGAAGUCAUACAGUCCGAGCACGCCGAGAAAUAACGCAGCUAAGGAGACUGAAAAUCUGGCAUGGAGCUCACAGAGCCGCGCCUCUUCAGCUAAUAACGGAGCAACAACCCCUAACGAGUUAAAACAAGACAAUACUAACUGGGCUCUGGCCAAGAAUCAAACAUCAACUUUGAAAAGUUAUAACUCAGUUAAUAUGGAUGGCACCCUUAUGAGGAAAGUCAUGCAGACUGAUUCUGAGAAUUAUGUAAAUCCAGUGGCUGCAGGACAGUACUGGACAUGGGGAACACGAAUAAGAGAGUGUAAGAUAUCUUCACCUGCAACAGGCCUCCCUGAGCGGGCAUGGACACCACGCUAUACCCCCACAAAAACACCCCAAAAGCAGCAGCCUUCAGGUCAAUCACAUGCUCAUCCUCCACCAGACUACCAUCACAAUGUCUACAUCCCUGGGACUCCAUCUGCCCUCUGUACCUUGCGGCCCAGUAAUCGCAGUGAGCUUGAUGUCCACAAUACUUUUUCCACCUUUGGCAAGAAGCGCAAGUUUAUUUCCCCCAGCAGUUAUGAUCCACGGGAUGAAACAGGCACUGAGGUCAUCAAUAAUGACCUGUAUAAUGAAUAGUGAAAAAGAAAAGAGACUGCAACAGCGUGUGAAUUGGUGGACAGAACAUGUGGAGGGGAAGCAAAUAUGGUGAAAGAAUUCAAGAAAUAUUAGUUGCAACCAAAGCAGAGCCUAUCUAUCCAAACCAUACUGCUCUAAUUUUACAGCUAAAUUAAAAUUCUAAUCAGGGUUGUAUGUUUCUUUUUACUUUAUAUCUGAGAUGUUUGUAGGUUUGUGGCACAUAAAACAAAAGACUAAGAAAGCUUUAAACUCUAGCAGGGGUUGGAAGAACUGGCUUAGAUUCAAAGAUAAACAUCUUAUUUGUUAAGGCCAUCUGGAUCAAUUCGAACCUUUAAUUUGUUAAAUUAUGGAAGGAUAGAGUUCUGGUUACCAUUUGCGCAAUGCAUUACAUAUCUAUUUUGUUUUUCUUGGGUUCUCCAAAGUUCUUGCAAAAAUACAACAAGUGAGUUGCCUAUUCUAAGAUUUAAAAUGACUCUAGGAACACCUAUAGGUGUAAAUCGGUGCCCCAGUGAAAAAUAUCCAAAUGUACUGUGACUUUGACCAGAAAACGGUGGUCAGGAUGAAUGAAUGAACGAACGAACAAAUGAAUGAAUGAAUGAAUGAAUGAAUGAAUGAAUAAAAUUAAGGAAGAAAUUUCUGUUAUAUUUUUUUACACAUCAUCAUGAUAGGCACAGACUAAUGUGGCUUAGACAUUCUAAAAUGAAUAACCUUUGAAGAACUGUAGAAAGUAUCCUUGAUGAACUCAAGAUCACAAUACUGAUUCAGAUUAUGGUUCACAUUUUCAUGCAAUUAUUAUUAUUAUUAUUAUUAUUAUUAUUAUUAUUAUUAUUAUUAUUAUUAUUAUUAUUAUUACUACAAGUUUUGACAAUCAUAUUAGGUAGACUGUGAGCAUUACAUACCCUUUGGCCGCUGUGCAAAUUUUCUGACUUAGCAGAAACAUC